GAGGUCGAGGACAGGAGGCGGAAGAGGUGUGUUUUAUUCACGGCACACUCACUCACUCACGUCUCCACCAAAUGGCGAAAAUGUAGGAAAUGUGUUUGACCGCUGGAGAUCAAAACGGAGGCAUUGGUUAGCGAAACGCAUAAGGAAAGAUCUCUGCUCUUCGGUAAUUAAUGUGCGAGCUUUGCUCUGAAGAAAACUUCUCCAAAGGCGGAAACAGCCCCGAUAAGGACAGCAGACUUGGACACGACCAGCAGAUGUUCACUAAACCAGAGGUCUCCGUUAAGACUGCGUAACUCAACCUCCAUCUGAGAAGACUUUGGGUUCGGUGCCACCAGGAUGGGGAACAGCAACAGCGACAGGUCCAGCGGGGGUCAGGGGGAGAGGUCAUACAGAGAUGGAGGGAAAGAUGCCCGUCCUAAAAUCAUGAUGGACAGCUCAGAAGACGCUGACCUGUUCCAGAGGGACGAUCAAAAGGCUCCACAGGAGCUACAGGAAUUUCUGGCGUGGCAGCAGGACCUGGACAGCGACAGUAAAACCUCCACGCUGGCCAGACCAACUGUGUUCAGAUGGUCGGGGGCUGCCAAAGAAGUCUUUGUGUCCGGCUCCUUUAACAACUGGAGCAACAAGAUUCCCCUCAACAAAAGUCAGAAAAACUUUGUGGCUAUCGUGGACCUGCCGGAGGGAGAACACCAGUACAAGUUCUGCGUGGAUGGUCAGUGGAUCUUGGAUCCGACCGGGGCGGUGAUGACAGCCAAAACAGGAACAAUCAAUAACGUCAUACAGGUGAAAAGAACUGACUUUGAAGUGUUCGAUGCCCUCAGGAUUGACUCAGAAGAUACAGCCGACAUCUCAGACUUGUCCAGCUCCCCUCCCGGCCCCUAUCAACAGGACGCAUACGUGACCAAGCCAGAGGACAAGAUCAAACAUCCUCCUAUUUUACCCCCUCACCUGCUGCAAGUGCUGCUCAACAAGGACACAGGUGUCUCUUGUGACCCGACGCUGCUUCCAGAGCCCAACCACGUGAUGCUCAAUCACCUGUACGCCCUCUCCAUCAAGGAUGGGGUGAUGGUUCUCAGCGCAACACACCGCUAUAAAAAGAAGUACGUGACCACUCUCCUGUACAAGCCAAUAUGAUCCAUCCGAUCUCACUGAUGGAAACGGACCUAGAUAACUCCCUGGUAUCGGCUGAAACCGUGUGCCAAAGCCAUGUUUUUUUUUUUGUUUCUUCUUUAUUAAAACCACCUUGUAAUCUUACACUUUGAAAAUAUUGCAAAUGUUUUAGUUUACUUUAGUUAAAUUUGCAACACAACGCGUGCCAGUUUAUGAAUGUAUGUGUGCGUUGGUUUUUAUGAUCCAACCUGAAUCUCCAGUCCACACUAGUUCAAGUGACAAUAUUUUUACACUCUGACUUCACUUGACACAGAAGAGUUAAAGGAAGAGACACUGAAUGCAAAAAUAAAAUAAAUAUGCAUUGUUUAUUUU